AUGUUCGCGUUGCUAUUUCUUCUUCUUGGGGCGAUCUGCCCUACCCUUGCUCAUCCUGUGCCUAGAGCUACUCUGAAUAGACUGUAUCGCAGAGAUAUCUCUCCAUCUCUUGUGACGGAGUUCACCCGCUUCUCGCAAUUCGCAGCUUCGGCCAAUUGUCAAGGGAACCAUAAUGGCUCCUCUACGGGGUCGUCAGUCUAUUGCGAUUCGGGGUAUUGCAACACCCUCCGCAAAGCAAGUACUCAGAUCAUUGAUGGAUUUGAGGAGAUCAAGCCUGGUGGUACCACCGGAUAUCUCGCUCUGGACAAAACGAACAAAUACAUCGUCUUGACCUUCCGUGGGACUGUCUCCGCGGAGAACCGCAAUGCUGACUUGGACUUCCAACAACUUGACGUAUCGACUCUCUGCGAAGGAUGUAAAGCACACCAUGGUUUCUGGGCAGCCUCAGAGGGCGCUAUGGACGUUCUCCUGCCCAAGGUUGAGGAGGCAUUGAGAGCGAACCCGGACUAUAGGAUCGUCCUGACUGGACACAGUCUUGGUGGCGCCCUUGCUACCCUUGGAGCUGUUACCUUGCGAAAUGCUGGACAUACUGUCGACUUAUAUUCCUUCGGUGCCCCAUCCGUCGGAAAUAAGGCGUUCGCAGAGUACAUCACCAAGUCCACUGCCGGCAAGAACUAUCGCAUCACACACAGCAACGACGAAGUACCCAAGGUCCUCUUCCGGUCGUCCCGGCGCUGGCCACUUGACUCUCUGGUCCCUGAGUAUAGUCAGUCUUCGCCGGAAUACUGGAUCACGUCGGCGAAUGGAGUGUCGGCGACCAAGUCUAGUAUUCGGGUGAUCGAGGGAGUCAACAAUGAAGCUGGUAACUUGGGCACCACGGAAGUCACCAUGGAUCCACAUGGGUGGUACUUGGGAGAUAUGAGCGUGUGUGCCCAAACCUGGAAGGAUUGGGAGUAA